AGCACAGGGCGCGGCACUGCUGCCUGCGUUUCUGCGUCGCCACCGCCCGGUGGAGCGCGGCUCGGCUGGCCCGGGGGCGGAAGCCAGGACGCGGCAGGGCGUCCGCUCCCCGCCCGGUUUCGCCCUGCCGCCGGUCCCUCAGCAUGGCGGCUACGGCGGCUGGUGGCGGUAGCGGCCAGACCUGCUUCGUGCUGGGUGCCUCGGGGGAGACGGGCCGGGUGCUGCUGCGGGAGCUGCUGUCCCGGCGCCUCUUCGCCAGGGUGACGCUGGUCGGGCGGCGCCGACUGAACCUGGCCGAGGAGGACACGGGGGUGGCCGUGGAGCAGGCGGUGGUGGACUUCGAGCGGCUGGGCGAGCACGCUGCCGCUUUCCAGGGGCACGACGUCGGCUUCUGCUGCCUGGGCACCACCAGGGCCAAGGCUGGCGCGGACGGCUUUAUCCGUGUGGACCGAGACUACGUUGCGCAGGCCGCGGAGCUGGCGCGGGCAGGGGGCUGCAAACACUUCGUGCUGCAGUCCUCUCGGGGAGCAAACCAGCACAGCCGCUUCCUCUACCUCCGUGUGAAGGGAGAAGUGGAGAACCUGGUCCAGGCUGUUGGUUUUGAUCGUUGUACCAUUCUCCGACCAGCGGUGCUGCUGUGCAAGCGUCAAGAGUCCCGGCCCAUGGAGUGGGUGGCCCAGCAGUUUCUGGGUGUUAUGGCUCGAGUCUUCCCCACUGCUUACUCAGUACCUGUGGGAACAGUUGCCAGGGCUAUGGUGGCCUGUGUACUGCAGCCAGGCAAGGGGAAGGUAGAGGUGCUGGAGAAUGGAGCCAUCCACGAGCUGGGAAAGGCAGUGCCACAGCAAGGCAAUUUGAGCAAAAGCGAUGGGUAGGAAGAAGCUCAGUUCAUCGUUCUGAUGCUCUUCUGGGCCGAGGAUGAAUGCACAUGUAGGGAAGGAGCAAGGUGCUUGCAGGCUAAUGUGGAGGCAGAGGUGCACUUCUUUGCAUGGCAGCUAAUUCUGUGAAGUGAUCAAACAUGCAGGUGCUGGCUGGUGGGUGAGGAGCAAGAGUGUUCUGUGCCGCCUGAAUCCAGCAUGUGAAUCCGUGUGAAAAUGGUGCAAUCUGGGCAAUUUCCUGAUUUCAGGCCUUGAAUAAAAUCCUAUGACUGGUCUGUUGAUGGCA